CGAAGCAAAACCACACAUCCCGCCGCAAUGGACCGAAUAACGCGAUUGCUGAGCUGCGUGCUCCUUUUCCUCUCCGUCCCGCUGGCUUCGGCCCUCAAAUUCGAUCUCCACGCUGUGCACGAGCAUGAGGCCGCCAGGCAUGAGCGCUGCAUCCGCAACUUUGUCGCAAGAGAACAGCUGGUCGUGGUGUCGGUCAUUAUGGAUGGCUACCGGGGCGAUGGGCAAACUGUGAACAUGCACAUCCGCGAUGCCAUGGGUAACGACUACCACCGACCCAAAGACGUCUACGGCGAGAACCGCUAUGCCUUCACCUCGCACGCCGACUCCGCCUUCGACGUAUGCUUUGAAAGCGUCAUAAGCGGAAAAGUCCAAUCCUCCACAAACCCAACCCGCCACGUCGAGCUCGACAUCGAUAUCGGUGCCGACGCAAAAGACUGGUCCGCCAUCCAAGCCGGCGAGAAGCUGAAACCCGUCGAAGCGGAACUCCGUCGCAUCGAAGAAGUCGUGGGCGAAAUCGUCUCGGAAAUGGAUUACCUGCGCACUCGCGAGCAGAAGCUGCGGGAUACGAAUGAGAGCACCAACGAGAGGGUCAUGUGGUUUGCGCUUGUUACCAUGGGUAUGCUUGUUGGAUUGGGCGUGUGGCAGGUUGUGUAUUUGAGGGCGUAUUUCAGGAGUAAGCACUUGAUUUAGGUUGGGCGUGGGGAUAUUUCUUGGGGGUGAAGGGGGGAGGAGCAGUUGGUACAUUGGUGAGAGGUGGAAGGGAAGGAAAAGGAGACUCGGGCUGCCCGUAUUCCAUGCAUCGGUAUAUC